AUGAUGGUGUCCGAGGUCUGUGGCGGCACCAUGAUGUGGGGCACCUUCAACCAAGAGGAGAAGAUGGCUCACGAGCAGCUGGAUGCCAUGGUUCGCUUGGGGGUGAACUUCAUCGACACCGCCGAGCUGUAUCCGGUGCCCCCGGUAGAGGGGAAGCUGACGGAGGAGUGGAUCGGCAACUGGUUGGAGAAGGCGAUCGCGAACGGCAGUGUGAAGCGAGAAAAGUUCUACAUCGCCACCAAGGCGAACCCGUCCAACAUCGGCGCGCCAGAUCUUGAAGGCCGAAAGAAGCCUUGGGGCUUCGAUGCGGAGUCGCUGAUGGCCUCCUGCAAGGCAUCGCUUGCCAGGAUGCGGUGUCAGUACAUAGACCUUUACUACUUGCAUUGGCCCACCCGGGAUACCCCGAUCUUCGGCUGUGCCUCCUUCUUUUCGGGAGGCAAGGAGCGGCCAAUGCCUCACUUUGACAAGGGUACCAUGGCAGACUUCGAGGCGCAGGUGCUAGCGGUCAAGGGCCUCUUCGAUGCAGGUUUGAUCAAGCACUGGGCGCUUUCCAACGAGAACAACUACGGGGUCGCCAUGUUCUGCGUGGCCUGCGACAAGCUGGGCGUGCCCCGACCAGUCUGCAUACAGAACGACUAUUCCCUCGCCAACCGCACCUUCGAGAGCGACGGCUACGAGAGCUGCCACCGCUUCGGUGUGGUCAGCUGCCACUACGGAGCCUUGGCAGGCCUGCCGGAAACUCGAUCUGCGAAGAACACACAUUAG